UGGAUUCCACGUAAAGAAAAUGACGAAAAUACCAAUAUAUGUCAUAAGCUUGAUAGAUACGUUAAUUCACCUUAUUCCAACAAAGAGUAUCUUAAUUAUUCUGAUAUAAUAGAAACAGUGAAAGAAAACCUUAAAGGAUUCUAUGCGUUACUAGAUCAAGCAAAAGAAGAACCAAAUCCAGGAUUUACUGUAAGACCUAUUGACCUAAUAUCUGAAUUAGAUUUUGUGUUAAAGAAUAAUUAUUCGCACGAAUUUCAAUUUAUUUACGAUGUUACAGAUCUUAUUCAAGAAUUGAGAGAUGGACACACUUCAUUAUCACAAGUACAGCUUUCAUCAGGAACUUUCCAUCAAAUUAAUGAUUUUAAUGACAUAAAAGACCCUAGCAACAUCGAUUGUCAAGUUAUAGAUAUAGAUGACAAACCAGCGAUUGAAGUAAUUACUGAAUUUGCUAGAAAUCACACGUCUUUUGCAAGAGAUUUGAAUGCUAGAUUUAAUUCAGCCCUUGCAUCACUUGCUUUUGGAAAAGGUGAUUUUUAUAUUGCAGGACAAUUAUUCACAAUUAGAAAUCAAUUGCCAAAAAUCCAAGUACUUCUUACACAUUUAAUUGCAAUGGACUUAGGCGUGGUCUUGAUUUCAACUGAAUCUAAUUUAAAUAGUGACCCUGACCUUGAAUAUCGUUUCCUGACUAAUGUAGCCAUUGGAUUUAAAUUACUUGCUGACAAAGGUAUAAAAAAGGCUAAUAAUGAUCUUUCUAUUCCGACUAUAGAAGAAAUUUCAAAGCUUAAAAUUGAUAGUGAAUUUGAUUAUAGGUCAUUUAUUUCUGCAAAGACAAACUCUUCAUUUGAUAGCGUUAACGACUUUAUUGGAAAUAAUGUAUAUACUCGUGGUGGUGUUCAUGUUAAAUACACUUCAAAAGCAUUUAUUAAUGAUACAACACUUUAUAGUGGGACUUUGAAACUUCUAACACCUCCAAAACUUCCUUGGACCGAGAAAGAUAUUAUAAUUUUAACAAAUGGAUUAUGUCAAUCAGCAUGUGCGCUUAUAACUCAAAGAUUAGCAAAAAUUAAUGUUCCAACCAUAGCCGUUGGUGGAUUUUCGAAUACUCGAUUUUCUUUUGCUCAAAGUGCUGUUGGAGAUGCAUAUUCUUCUGACGACAUUCUAUUUUUACUUGAACAACUUAGGGAUCUAGAUAGUUCUUUAAUUUCUAAAUUAUCUAUUCCUGCAAAUUUAACGUUGUCUUUUAUUCUAGCUGAAGCCUACAGUCUUAAGAAUCCAAAUGAAGUUAUGGAUUAUGCUUUUAGACCAGCAGAUUAUCAAUUGUACUAUGAUGAACGGAGUGCUAGAGAUCCAAGCCAAUUAUGGAUACAAGCUGCAAAAUAUUUUGGAAAGUAA